UGAUUAGAGAGGAAAUAAAAUCGACCUCCCCUCUCUGUUGUGCUAGCAGCUUGGUCCUCCCCAUAAGGUUUAGACUGUGCUACAACUCAAAAGGCUAAAGAUGGUAAGAAAGGUUAUCAGUGGAGUUUUACUUUUUUGUUUAUUGAUCAUUGACACUAACUCACAGACCGUUCUGUCUUCACCCGAUGCCUCACAUACAACCCCCAGCCUACCUCAUGAUGAGAUGUAUAACAGGCUGUUCACAGACUUGAAGAACAUUAGUGAAUCUCCCGAGGAGAUCCAAGCAUGGAGUAGAGAGAAUAUUGCAUCUCUCAGGGGUUUGCUGCAAAAAGUUACCAAUCUGCUAAAAGCUGAACAACAAAAAAGCUGCAAGAAGUUCGUUCCAGAAAACUGCACAGCCCCGCUGCCCCCCAGUUCAGGAGGUCUGGUGUGUGUCACCAUAAACAACGUCCGGUACUGCAAACCCAUGUGCAAUCAGGGGUAUGACUUUAGUUUCCUCAGAAGAUCGCGGUUGUAUGAACAGUGUGGUGAUCACACCAGUUACAAAUGGUCCACUCAGUUCGUUGGUGGAAGCAGGCUGGCAGUUUGUUUUGAGUCUCGUAUUCCUAUCUCUGGAGCUCCUUCUGCCUAUUUUCCAAAGGAGCAGGACUGUGAGGAAACAGUGCAAAAUUACAGUCUAGAGAAGCAGCAAAUUGAACGCUUUGUUAAAGAGUUAAAGGAGGAUGGCAUCACCGGAGAGCAUAAUGAGGUCAAUGACUGCCUCCUGUGUGGAUAAUGACCACACCAUCAGUCCUGUCUCAUUUAAUCUGCUCUAAACUAACACGUCUGACCCUGUAUGUGGCCCCUGCCUCCUCAACACUUCAGCAGAGGAAUUAUUCAGUCUUCUUUCAUUCCUUUCUAUAAAUGGUUGAUGUUAAUUGUGUGCAUAAUAACAACAAAUACAUUGCAUUUUAAAUCUAGUGAUCUGGAUUGUUGAUAAUUGAUUAUUAUAAACUGGAAAAGAUAAGUGUCAGAA